AUGUAUACAUCAUUCAAAUUCCAAACCACCUUACUCAUUUUCUCCCUCUUACUCGCCGCCUCCACGGCUCAGCCCAUCGCCGCCCCUUCUCCGGCGGUGACAAUUUCUCCGGCAAAGCCACCAUCUCAUUUGCCCCCAACCACCACACCUUCUCCAUCCUCUGUUCCACCCAUCACUGCUCCGGUGACGCCUCCGGUUAUUUCUCCGACGCCUUCUACUUCUACUCCGGUUAGUUCUCCGACGCCUUCUGUUACACCUCCGGUAACUGCUCCGUCAGCUGUCAGCCCAACGGCUAGUGCCCCUACUAAUAUUUCCCCAAUUCCGAGUAUACCCUCGACACCGGCUGAAUCACCAGAGACGUCUUCUUCUUCAAAUCCACCAAGUCCGAUACAAGCGAGUUCUUCACCGGAAACCGCCCAGAGUCCAGUCGGAGAUGAAUCGGGUUCAAGCAGCACAUAUGCGGGUCGGGUUAUUUUUAGUGGUUUGGCUAUUUCGACUGUUUUAUUAAUCCUUUGA